AUGAGAAGGAGAACGAGGCAAGGAGAAGGAGGCAAUGAGAAGGAGAAGGAGGCAAGGAGAAGGAGGCAAGGAGAAGGAGGCAAGGAGAAGGAGCCCGAGAGGGCUGUCGCCUCUCCGGCUGAGAAGCCCGAGAGGGCUGUCGCCUCUCCGGCUGAGAAGCCCGAGAGGGCUGUCGCCUCUCCGGCUGAGAAGCCCGAGAGGGCUGUCGCCUCUCCGGCUGAGAAGCCCGAGAGGGCUGUCGCCUCUCCGGCUGAGAAGCCCGAGAGGGCUGUCGCCUCUCCGGCUGAGAAGCCCGAGAGGGCUGUCGCCUCUCCGGCUGAGAAGCCCGAGAGGGCUGUCGCCUCUCCGGCUGAGAAGCCCGAGAGGGCUGUCGCCUCUCCGGCUGAGAAGCCCGAGAGGGCUGUCGCCUCUCCGGCUGAGAAGCCCGAGAGGGCUGUCGCCUCUCCGGCUGAGAAGCCCGAGAGGGCUGUCGCCUCUCCGGCUGAGAAGCCCGAGAGGGCUGUCGCCUCUCCGGCUGAGAAGCCCGAGAGGGCUGUCGCCUCUCCGGCUGAGAAGCCCGAGAGGGCUGUCGCCUCUCCGGCUGAGAAGCCCGAGAGGGCUGAAGUGCAAGAAGGCAGACCUGCUGGUUGCACUGACGUGGCAAGACUGGCUGCUCAGGUGUCACUGAUGCACCUGAAAGUGACCAAUCACAACACCGUCAUCAAGAAGAAGGCUGAAGAGUUUGACUCAACAGUGGUGGUUGAACAGCAUCGAUCACUGGACAGUGCAGACAGGCUGGUGCAGGAGGUACAGCCAGCAUGCAGUGCUUUGGUGGUUACAGCCAAGCUUGCACUUUGUAAGGGCACUGCCUCACAACUGUCGUCUGGAAGGCUGUCCAAACUUUCAGACCAGGACACCAGACCAACACCAGUUUUUUGA